UAAUAGAUUAAUAGUUAAUUUUAUCCCAUAGAUGUAAAGCCUCUGCCUAAAUUGUUUUUAUUAUAUCGUAGUCUGAUCCACCUGAAUCUUACAAGAGUUACACACACCUAUAACUGACAGUAUUUAGAUUGUGUACAGCAUAUUAAUCUUCGCUAUACUGGGAGGGUUGUUAUGUUAAUAUAUGGCUACUCCAACUGUAUUAGAUCCAUUGUUGGUACUUUGUAGAAGGUACGCUUCGACGCGAAGCUACAAGCAACCUACCAAAGAAGUCUUACAUCCGUAUGUGAAUGAACCUCAACGACUCAGUUUGAAACCUCGAAAUGCUACUGCCGUUACGAUUGGUUCUCAAAUAUAUUUUCCAAAAAAUUAUUACACUGAUCUGAUGAUAGAAUCGUCUCGUAGCGGCGAUUUUUUAGGCUCAGAUUUUCCUUUUGGCUUCUCAAGCAAACAGAAUGUUUGGAGAACUAGAAAAUACAAUAUCUUGAAUAAUUCAGUGCCAAAUGUAGUUUCAAAAGAAAAAUCUGUGAAUUAUUAUCACAGAUUGCAAGUGUGGUCAACGCAUUGGUAUGAAAAUAAAAUCCAUCGAAUGAGAAGGUUUAAAUGUGCUUAUGGAUUUAACAGAGCGAAAACCGCUGCUGAAAUUUUAAAAAAAAACCUCCUCCUAACAGGUCGAAUAGAUAAUUUAAAGACAGAAGAACAGCGACGCUUGGAUCUAAAUAAAAUUAGGUCAAUUAAAUCACUAAAGGGAUCGUAUCAAAGAAAAUAAUGU